AUGAGCUGGUUGACUCCUACCCUAUUUUACAGCACCCAAACUGUAUUGGCCGCACACGCAGAAGCCGAUGCUAUCCGUCUACGAGGAAAGGCGGAGGCAAUCUCUUUAGAAGCUCGUGGCAAGGCCGAGGCAGAGCAAAUGCGACUGCGUGCCGAGGCAUACUCCCAUUACAGCAAUGCUGCAAUGCUUAGUUUAAUUCUGGACGCAUUACCUAGAGUUGCUGCAGAAAUCUCUGCGCCUCUGUCAAAAACACAAGAAAUCGUGCUGCUGGGAGGUGUUCCAGGCUCUGAUGAGGCGUUCUCUUUAGGCAAAUUAGGCAAAGAGUUGUGUAGUCUUAUCACAAACGUUCCGCCUGCCGUUCGCGCUGUUACUGGAGUCGAUUUGUCCCAAGUGAGUAGUGGAUAA